AUGAUGGCGUCAGAACUCUGGGUCAAGCUUGGAAGCUACAACGCAGUUGAAGUCUCUACUGAAGGAUGUCGAAAUGUCGACAAAUUUCUCAAGGCUUGCAAGAGGGAGCUCCCCCGCUUGCUUGACGCUUACGACUCUGCUCAACUUUCCCUCUCCACCACUGCCGGUGGUCCUGCUCUUCGACCUGGUCUUCUGCUGUCUGAUAUUCUCUCUCAGCCUGGCUAUGUGGAAAACACUGCCAAGGCUCCUCUCUUCAUCAGUGUUGCGGACAGUUCUGCUCUACAGCCUUUGGUCCCAACAUUUUGGAGAGCAACUGGAUCAAUCACUGGAGCUCGAAAGAUGGGAUUUUGUCGUGGGAUAAGUGACGCACUCCACUUUCGUGCUGCUGUUUAUGAAAAUGUUGGUACUGUUUCUCCUCAAGGCGACUUGACUGUUUCUCUGUCAGUGGACCUGGCUUCAGAUGCUGUGUUGGAUGAAAUGAUUCUCGUUGGUCAUUAUGUACGCGACGAUGACUCUCCACCAGACACGUCAAGGCCGCUCUCUGGAGUGACUGAGCUGUUUAACACUUCUCCCUUGUUUCGCUACCAACGGCUGGAAGAUGAACGGUAUUUUGGUGGUCUCUACAAGGCUGACCGGGCGCAUUUGAUUGACAAGCCUCUUUGUGAAAGGGGAAAGCGAUUUGCAAAGUUUCAGGACAACGAAAACAACUUUCUGGCGUUAAGCAAGAGAGUCCAUUGCUGGUUUGAUGCUCUUUCAAAUGUCAGUGAAAAAAUCCCUUUCUUCAAGUUGAUGAUCAAACACGUCUCUUCAAGUCAGGAUCCCGCCAAUGAUUUCCGAUAUCGUGUCUUGCUCACAGUGGAAGCAUAUAAUGCGGAGACCGCCAGAUUGUUCUUUCCAAGGCUCAAAGAUGGUUUAUUGGUUGUUAAUGAUACACAAGCAGAAACUUUUGUUUAUGUCUUGAAUCUUGAAGAAUUCCGUGUAUGUCUAUCCUGGAAGAACGACAAGACUGAUUAA